GUUAAAGUUCCGUUGGGAGUGCAGGCCAAGCGCGUCACUUCAGUUGAGCGCCAACCUUUGCGCUGCGAACAUUGCGCACGCGGGAGCCGUGCUCGCUCUCUCGGUUCCUGCUGCCAUCUCCCUCCACCGUUGGAACGGAUUGUCGUACGGCAUUUCGGAGCGAACAGCCCCCGGAGAGUGAGAGAAACGAGCGCGAGGAGAGUUUUACGACUGUCUACGACUCGCCAGCCGGCGUCUGGCUGAAGUGACGGCCAUUCAGCAUAAGACCACGUGCGUACACACAACGGCGCAAGAGAGCAUCGCCCUGCGAGCGCGUCUCUUGACCUGCGUCGCUAAGGGAUCGCUAAGUGCGUGGUCCGUGGCACGUAUAGCGUUCGCGUACGUGCUUGAAUGGACUGCCGUUGUGAAUAGUGGAUGACUCGGAGACAGCUGUAAGGGGCAGAGUGAUCCUAGUGUGUUCUUGUUUCCGGUGCAGCGUCCUAUGUAUGUAUGUGCCGAGUGGUUUCAAAGUAGCGCGCGCGCACGCGCUUCGAAUUAGUCACAGGGCAGUCGCUCUCUGUACGAGCGCGACUCAUCUACUAUACAUAUACGUAGAGGCAGCGCAGCGCUGGGCACCAGUACGCUACUAUUUCACGACUCUGACGCGCUCGGUAACACGUACGCCGUCAGCUGCGUGAAAAUCGAGGCGCGCGUGCACCGCGCAGUGAGCAGGAAAAAGUCCCGCGUCAUCGCGACUGCGUGUUUACGCGUGAAGCGGCGAGCUUCCUCGGAUGAGGAGAGGGAUGUGAAAAUUAAAACGGAGAAGCAUUUUACGUGAGAAGAUUGCGCGCACGCGGCCGGCGAAAGUGACAGGAGGUACGCGGCGUUUGUGAGAAAAGUUAGUGCGCGAGCCGAUUUCUUUCGCUUUGACGACGCAGGCGAUGAAGCCGUCGACGCUGCUGCUUCGGUUCGGCGCAAACUGACAGGGAAAUUUUAUGUAAUUACGUGCGCGGCGCCGCGAUCGAGCAACAACAAAGUCGAGGCCGCCGCUGGCGCUUUCUUUACGUAAGACACAAGAGUAAGCAUGCAUUACAUCAGCGGAGAUGCUGAUGCCGCUCAUCAGGAAGAUCGAACGCUAGUCGCCGAUUUUGGAUUCCGCCUGCCGGCGGAUAGGAUAAACUCGCUGCAGAAGGAAGUUAUUGUGUUGUGCAAGAGCGCCGUUGUUAUCGUUGCCGUUGCCGCCGUCGCAGUUCCGCCAGGUGAGCUGCCUGGAUAAUAGCCGCAGCAUCGACGACGUGCGAGAAAAAGAGCGCACCCCGGACCGGAAGUGAAAUUCGCGCGCGGCUCUAACCAGUGUAUUAUUGUGUCUACUGCUCGCGAACACUGUAGCGUGCGGCCAAGCGAGAGAGAGAGAGAGAGAGAGAGAGAGAGAGAGAGAGUGCGAGCGGACGUUCGCUCUGCCUUCAAUUUGAACCGUCAUCGCGCACAGACGAAGCUCAAGAUGUGGGGGCUGCGAUCUGUGUCGAUCUUAUUAAUCCUUGCCUUUGGCAUUAGGGUGGUGAACUCAAACCAAUGCCUCACCAUGUUAGAAGAAGUAAACCCAAAAAGGACUGCCAGGCUAGAUGGACAAACUUUAAAUAUUCAAUUCGAGAUAUCAAGAAGGGUAACUCAGAGGUUAGUCUCGAGGGUUAUGAGUAUAUUUCUCCAAGAAAUAUUGGGUUACACUGAUAUUGCUCUCGUUGCAAAAGAGGAUGAGUUUAACGUAACUGCCACCUUUGCAAGGUUAUCUGAAAAUCUAACAAAUUCUCGAAAAUCUAUGAUUCCUGAAUCUAUGGUGAACAUGGAAGUAUGGAUUCCACCACAUUUAGAUACUGUGCCUUUACUAAGCAAACAUGAUGUCUUAAAAGUUGGAGUAGUUGCACCACCAGGACAUUUUGGCUGGUUUAUUCCAGAUAGAUUGUCAAGGCUAAAUGAUAGUUGGAUAACCUUCACAAAACAAGAGACUGCUGCGCGAUUCGAUGUCGAUGAAGUUAACCUAAGAAAAAUUAUAAAUGCUACAAUGAAACCCGACAAUGAAUACUACUGUCAAGAAUCAUUUUGUCAUGAGGGUAUGUACAUUCCUCCUCAAUGUCAAUCUCACAAGCUAAAAUCACAGCCUUGCGCACUGCUGCUGGCCGAUUACUCUGAGGCGACAAAGUUUAUAAAAGAUCAUAUUGACAAUUGGAAAUUAUAUGUAAGAGUCGCUUGGGUUGGACCAAAUCUCAAACAAAUAAUCAAGUCUUUGACUAAAGAGUAUUUGCAACUCACGCAAAACUCCGCACUAGCUGAUAGAUCAUUAGUUAUUUUACACUGGACACCGAGCAACAUAAUUCCAAAUGAAAGGGAGUUUGUAUCUGUUGAAUUUCCUAGAUGUGGCUCAAGAGGUACCAGUAUGGGAUGUCAAUAUGAAACGAGUAAAUUAGAAAAGCUCGUAUGGAACGGACUAGAGUCGAUAGCGAAGUUAGCUUUUGAAGCAAUUAACCGAGUGCAGUAUACCGACAGUAUGUAUGAAAAUCUUAUCAGCAAAUACAAUGAAAAGUUGAUAAAUAAAUAUAAUAGCUACAGUAAACUUUCUGCAAUGGAGCAAGAAGUUGCUUGUGACUGGUUGAAAGAAAAUUUAAAUUAUACUCUUGACAAUUGGAUGCCAAACGAUGAAGAUAAAAAUACUUUAAUAGUUGGAGGAAUCUUUCCAAUGACUGGUACAUUCUACACAGCAAAGUCAAUUGUUCUUGCGGCAUCAAUGGCUAAAACUGCUAUAAAUCGUAAUAACACAGUUCUGAGGGAUUACAAUUUAAAAAUGUUGAUAAACGAUGGUCAAUGUAAAUCUGAUUUCGUAAUGAAAUCGUUUAUCGACUAUAUUUUGCACAAUUUCUAUAGAAAAUUGAUUGGAGUUCUUGGUCCAGCUUGUUCCGAAACAAUAGAACCCUUAGCAGGAGUUUCAAAGCACUAUUACACAGUCAUAAUGAGUUAUGGCGCAGAAGGUUCUAGUUUCAGUGAUAGAAGUCGGUAUCCAUAUUUUUUUAGAACAAUCGGAGAAAAUCGACAAUACAAGCAUGUUUAUUUACAAUUGUUGAAGAAGUUCAAUUGGAAUCGAGUUGCAGCGUUUUCAGAAGAUGGUUUAAAAUAUACAGAAUAUAUUUCCUACAUGCAAGAGAUGCUCAGAGAAAAUGGAAUAACUUUCGUUGCCAAUAUAAAGUUUCCAAGAGAAUGGCAACCUGAAAUACUCACAAAAUACUUGGAAGACCUUAAGCAAAAACGAGCACGAAUCAUAAUAUCUGACGUAUACGAUCAAGUUGCUCGACUGGUUAUGUGCGAAGCUUAUAGAUUGGAAAUGACAGCUGCACAGGGUUACGUCUGGUUUCUGCCACUGUGGUUGCGAGAAGACUGGUAUAAUACAGAUUACUAUAAUGAACUUGGUGAAAAUACACCUUGCACUACUGCCGAAAUGAUGAAAGCUAUAAAUGGCCACUUAGGAAUUUCACACGCAACAUUUGCGCCUGACGAUAGUAUCAUGCAAGAAGGGAUCACUGUUCGUGAAUGGCGAAAUAACUAUGAGCACUACUGUGCUAUGCAAAAGGAACUCACGUCACCUUAUGCUGGUUAUACGUAUGAUGCCAUGUGGACCUAUGCUUACGCUAUCGACAAAUUGCUGAAGGAAAAUCAAAGUUACAUUUUCGAUUUGCAUUCUGAGCACACUACAACUCGGUUUACUGAUAUUAUUUCUAAGACUGAUUUUAAUGGGGUAUCGGGUAGAAUUAAGUUCGUCGGAGGGCCCUCUAGAUUUCCAGUAAUUAAUAUUUAUCAACACGUAGAUGGAAAGUCUCGUUUAGUUGGAAAUUUUCAUCCCAACAUUUCAGAAGAACUUAAUCAAGUGAUCGGAGGAACUUUAGAUUUAAAUAUGUCCGCCAUUGUUUGGCUGUCCGGAAAGAAACCGGACGAUGGCUCGGAACCACCAAAGAAAUGCGUAUUUUCAGGUUUCGCUGAAUUAUUAAAUGUCUCUUGUGAGGGUGCGAUCGUAAUCGUUAAUAUUAUAGGAUUUGGAUUGUUAGGAAUAUUCCUCGUCAUCGUCGUAAUUAUAAUCAAAAGAAAGUAUGACCAAAAAGUUCGUUUACAUGAAAAAUAUAUGAAAUCUCUGGGGCUAGAUUUACUUCAACAGGACACUUCGAGUCUUGACAAAUGGGAAAUACCGAGGGAUCGUGUGGUUAUUAAUCGUAAAUUAGGCGAAGGAGCCUUUGGUAUGGUUUACGGUGGGGAAGCGUUCUUCCCUGAAAAAGGUUGGCUUGCCGUAGCUGUUAAAACUUUAAAGGUGGGAAGCAGUACCGAAGAAAAACUCAAUUUUUUAAGCGAAGUAGAAGUUAUGAAAAGAUUUGAACACAAGAACAUAAUAAAAUUAUUAGCUGUAUGUAUAAAAUGUGAACCCGUGCUCACUGUUAUGGAAUUCAUGCUUUACGGAGAUUUGAAGACUUAUCUACUUGCUAGACGGCAUUUGGUGAAUGAUCAACAUUACGAAGACUCUGAUGAAAUAUCAAACAAAAAGUUAACAGCCAUGGCUCUUGAUGUUGCAAGAGCGCUGAGUUACUUGGCUCAACUAAAAUACGUGCAUAGAGAUGUCGCUUCUCGAAAUUGUCUUGUCAAUGCACAAAGGAUUGUUAAACUGGGAGAUUUUGGAAUGACGAGGCCAAUGUACGAAAACGACUACUAUAAGUUUAACAGAAAAGGAAUGCUUCCGGUACGAUGGAUGGCACCCGAGUCAUUAGGAUUAGGAAUAUUUACGCCCGCUUCUGACGUCUGGUCUUAUGGCGUUUUACUAUACGAGAUUAUAACAUUUGGAAGUUUUCCAUUCCAAGGCAUGAGUAACAAUCAAGUGCUUACUCAUGUAAAGUCCGGAAACUCAUUAACAGUACCAAAGGGCGUCAAGCCACAAUUGGAAGGCUUGAUUCGGUCAUGCUGGUCGGUAGAACACACGAAGAGGCCAACAGCGCCGGAAAUUGUCGACUUCUUGGCGACUAAUCAACGCGUCAUAGCACCAUGUCUCGAUGUGCCACUGGCAAGCGUGCAGCUAGAGCACACAGGAGAGAUGGAGAUGCAGUUGAACACGUCAACAGACAGAAAGUUUUCGUUUCCGUGGCCAGGUCAAAGUAAUAAGCAGAACAAUAAAUCUUCGCCAACAAUCGACAUGCCACUGGUGGACAUUAACGAUUCUACGUCGACGAAGAAUCAAAACAUCCAUUCUAUAUUGGGAACUAGCAGCACUUCUGAAAUAGAGAGUACAAAGCCAUUGCUGGGCACAGACACGACCGACUCGGCCCCUAGUAGUUCUCAAAGCGCUGGCUUGGCGCGUUACGUCAAUCUGCAACCAGGUGUCACGAGUGCAUUUUUGGACGUGCCAAGCUCGGACUCAGAUAACUACGGUAUAGCUAUGAGCGAACGUAGGUCCACGUUACCCGCAACAAACAAUUUUAACAAUAUGCCACUUUUGUAAGAUAGCGAGGUGUGUGACGUCGAAAUACACUUUUCUCUGAAUCGGCAUUGCUUCAAAACAUGCGUUUUUUCGUAGCGCUGAGAAUGUUUUUCUUUUCGAACGAUUGUGAGAAAACUAAACGUUUAUAUUAUACAGUAUAUAUAGAAUGUUUGUUUACGGGUACCUGUGAUCGUUAUUUAUUUAUUUAUUUAUUUAUUUAUUUUAAAUAAUGCUAAAUAUGACUUUGUACAUUGAUACGACUCGAUAUUUUCCUAUAGCAAAUUUGGAAAUGAAAGAAAGGGAGAGAAAGUGUGUAUAUGUGUGAGAGCGUUGUGUUUAUAAAAGAAUAUCACGUUACUGUUGAGAGAUGCUUUACUGAUUGCUUUAUUUUUGAGACUGAACACUAUAGGGGAUCACAUUUGUAUAGUCAUCUAUAUAGAAUUUGAAAGAUUAACGUGCUGUUAGUAUAGAAUUGAUUUUGUUCAAUCUCGUCAAGUAACUGUAGUCAACUAAGUAACCAUGACAAAUGCUGUAGAUAUUAUAUUUCAUGUUCAAUGUAGUAUAGUUUAUCUAUACUGAUAAUCAAAUUAAUUAUCAAGUUAGCUUUAAACGUUAAUUUAUGAAUUUCAUAUUUCAUUAGGAAUUUCGCCAAAACAUAUUUUUAAAUUGAAUAAUUAAUGUAUGAAACUCUUAGUAUGAUUUUAUAUUAAUAGUUUGUAUCGAAAGCACAGUGUCUAGUAGUAUGUAGCUUUUAGAAAAUGCGAGCAUAAACGCUUCAUAAAAAUGAUUACACAAAGAUAGAAAAACAUAUUUAUUUUAGGUAACGUAAACAGUACAAUAUAUCAAUGUAGCGUAUUCCACAAGAUUGAUUGCACCUCCGUCGUUUUGUACGAAGCCAAAAUGAAAAAGUACAUUGCUUAGUUUAACGGAUAAACUGUUUUUAUACGGAAGUGUUGCAAUCGACACUUGAAGGCUGUGACUGUAAAUAUAAAUAUCAUCAGGUGCAUUAAAAAUAUAACUUCCACGUUACACUACAUUUUUUUAUAUUUUAUUGAUUGUAUCACCUCGUUAAUAAUAUAUAGUUUGAUGAUCGUGUGAAAGUAGCAAUAAUGUUUCUGUAACAUUUGGCAAUCCUAGAAAUAGUUUCACAAUAUAUGUAUAGAGAACAUCUAUAAUUUUAUAAACUAUGUUUUAACAAAAAUCUGACAUAUAUUUUAAAUACUAAACCACGAAGACUUAUUCUGCGAUAAUGCAAAAUGAUCAAGUGCAAUUAUCUUUCUAACUUUCGUCAAAGAUAUUGUAAAAAACUGCGUUUUAAUUCGAUACAAAUUUAUAAUGCUAUUAUAAUUUUACAAAAGUUUUAUAUAAAAUAUAACUUUAAUUGUAUAAAAUUUCAUUAUUGUACGUUUGCAAUAUUUAUUAAAAUUUUUAUAUAAAUACCAUUCAAAACCUUAA